AUGUGCUCGUACCACAUACAAAAAGCAAGUGAGGCGCGCGACAAACGCCACUCGCAGCGCGGACAACAUCGAGCGCGCGCUACUUCCGCGUUGCCCAUGCCGACCGCACUGCCGUCUGCUGACGCGGCGCUCGCUCGCCGCAAGCGAAAGGCCGACGACUUUGAGUGGGAGGCGGCCAAGGAGAACGUGUUGCCGCUCAAGCGCGGCCGCAACGUCGCGGACCUGAACAAGGCGCUGCACGCGCACGACUCGGUGCAGACGAAGCUGCGCCUCGAAGCAGAGAUGCAGAGCAUAGAAGCUGCGCUUGCGGCGUACGAGGGCGACGAUCCGCUGGCCCAGUGGCUCGAGUACGUGCGGUGGCUCGAAGUUCAGCUGCCGGAGGACACGCGGAAGAAGUUCAAAGUGCUGGAAAAGUGCACGCGGGCGCUGAAAGACGACCGCAAGUACCGCAACGACAUGCGCUACGUCCGUCUCUGGAUCCAAUACGCGGACCUGGUGUCGAAUCCGAAAGACAUUUUCCGGUACUUGUACCAGAACAAAAUUGGCGAGCGCGUGUCGCUGUUCUACAUUGGCUGGGCCUACGUGCUCGAGACGAUGGCAAAUUACCCCCAAGCACACAAGAUCUACUUGAAAGCCAUCCAGAGGAAUGCAGAGCCACAGGAUCUUUUGGAGAGAAAGUACAAGGAAUUCCAGCGGCGCAUGAGUCGCCAAUGGUUGCGAAUGGCCGAAGAGACGCGGGCUGAUGACGGGAAUGAGCGUGAGCAGUUACACCAGCACCACGCGUCUGCCCGGGCGCAACGUGCUCAGAAAGUAAAUGCGCACAAACCGGUAUUUACUGUCUAUGAGGACCCUGUCGUACGCGCUGUCGAUCCUUUUUGCGGUAACGGUGGGUGGAAAAAGCUUGGCACGAUGCAGCAGCAAGACAAGGAAAACGAACUGGCACCGAGCGCGUGGAAUCCACCAGCUGCUUUGACGGCUGCUGGCACUGGCCGUGAUCGCGAGCGUCCGCGGUCGUCCAUGUCGAGAAGCCAUCUACAAGGCACCUCGCACCAGCGUAUGGAAGGAGUGGCUACGGAGGAGGAAAUGCUUGCGCGGAAACCGUUGAAAAACUUCACUGCCAGUGAACAAAAAACGCGGGUAGAGAAGCAAGCAGCAAAGAGCAGGUGUGAACUACCAUGUUACGACGUCAAACAAACGAUGUCCGACACGGGCGAAGCUUUUUCUUUCGAGGAAGUUCGAGCACGCUUGUACGAUCGCGCUUGCGGUAGACUCUACAACCAGGCGGGUCAGCAGCCACUGCAUAGUGUGUCGAGCAAUGCCGGUGACGCGUGCAAUGUAAGUGCUCCCUCGUCUGCAGCAACCGCAUCGACAACUGGCUCGACAGUCUCGUACGGAUUUCUGCUUUUGAAGCAAGAGCCAGCUGCAAAAAUGCCGCUGAGACCUCGUGAUGUGAAGCUUGCUGACCGAGGGCUGACACGGCCACUGGCACCGAUGCCGAGCGGGUUGGCAGAACAGCGCAACGGAGAUCAUGACGACAUGACCAUAAACACUCGUGUCGCGCUGGAGGACAUUAACAACAUGUUCUGCAGUCCACCGAAACAGCCGAAGGAUACUGUAUGGGAAGUGAAGGAGGAUGAUCCUGUCGAGCGAAAGCUCCACUUUAGUGUUUACGAUGACUCGGUCGACAGUAUAUCAGUGGAUGCACAGGAUCAAUCACUGCGACAAGACACGAACGAGUCUAUCUCAACGCAGCCCUUCCAGGUGUUUACGGACGGUGUUUCCGACGACAUGCGGGCAGAAAGGAAGACAUGGGGCCAGAAGAGAAAGCCUCUCGGCAGCCGGGAUGAUCUGGUGCGCGUUGGACGUCUGACGAACAAGGACGUUCUGAUGCAAGCUGAAAAGUCAGUUGGUGCGAAGAAGUUGUCCGAAAGCGUUUAUUAUAGCAGCCGGGUUCAAGUUGCUAUGGAGUGCAUAGCAAGAGGUGGACCAUCGAGAAGUGUUGGGCAGCCCACUGCUGCACGUGCCACCUCGAAAGCGCGCAAGUUAGACCCGUACACGCAUGAAAAUCGCCAUGCUUUGAUCCUGGAUCAACGAGUUGACCGAUAUCUGUGUUCAAGACCCGACGCCGUCAAAUAUCAUUCGCAAAAGUUGCCGCGAUUCCCGUGCAACAACCCAGCCAAGCGGAAACUGCGAAAACCAGUUAUCAUCAGGGUCAGCCACUCACUCACGCUUCAGCUUGUCGGAGUGCUAGGUUCGGGUUCGUUUGCGCAUGUUUUCUCAGCCAGCGUUGUUGACACGGCAAGCAGCACUGCUUGCAGCAAAGCAGUCAAGUUUGAAAAGGAGCGCCAGAAUCUAGCUUGGGAGUUCUACGUGACGAACAAGAUCGUGAAGACACUGCGGAACAAGAAGAAGCUUCCGGAGGAAAAGAUCCCGGUGCCAGCACUGAACGCGCUUCACUUGUUUCCGAAUGGGGCUUUGCUUAUGAUGGAGAAGGGUCACGUUGGUACACUAUACGAUGUCCUGAAUUGCUACAAGCAGUCGGGGAUUACGUUUCCGGAGGUACUAGCUGUACACUACAGCAUCAGGAUGCUACGAUGCAUCGAGCUGAUCCAUUGCGCAAACGUUCUUCACGGUGAUAUCAAACCCGACAAUUGGCUGAUGAUACCCGGGCGUCCUUCACUGGAAUCGUGUACGAAGAUGGAAGGGACGGACUUAGACAGCGUCUUUCACGCAAGUGAUCUCCAUCUGAUCGACUACGGGAGAUCCAUUGACCUCAGUCUUUACCCGGAGGGAACUGUCUUUUCAGGCAGUUGCCACGUGAAAGGGUUUCAAUGCGUUGAGAUGUUGACGCAGCGUCCAUGGACCCACCAAAUCGACACGUUUGCCUUCUGUGCGACGGUGCACUGCAUGUUAUUUGGAGAGUAUAUGGAAGUCAAGCCGCUGCGCAACUCGAAGAGCUCGACGACAUGGGAGAUCGUCAGGCCAUUCAAGCGGUACUGGCAUGUCGAGAUGUGGAAAUACAUUUUUCAUGCGCUGCUGAAUGUAAGCAGUUGCACGAAACAACCACCUUUAUCCGACCUUCGACAACGCCUGGAGGACUACUUCGUGUCCGACACAAGCCGUCAACAUGAACUCAUCAAGCAGCUAAGCCGCCAAGACACGUUUCUUGGAACAUCAGCCGUUUAG